CAAGUUCCUGUCUGUAUAAGAAGAAGAGAGACGUUGUACAACAAAUUGAAUUUUAAUGGAGCGAUUCAUGAGCGAAGCGUUUGAAGAAGCUAGAAGAGUGCUAAUAGCUGGAGAGGUGCCCGUGGGUUGCGUGUUCGUUUUCCCUGUAGAUGGUAUUGACACAGUGAUAGCACGAGCCGGAAACGAUGUUAACGCAACAAAAAACGCUACUCGACAUGCAGAAUUUCUUUGCAUAGACCAAACUUUGGAAUAUUGUAAACAGAAUGGAUUAUCAGUCAGUGAAGUUUUUCCGCAAAUCACAGUUGUGGUCACUGUGGAGCCUUGUAUUAUGUGUUCAGCUGCUUUACAUGAUUUAGAUGUGAAAGAGGUUUUAUAUGGUUGUGCUAAUGAUCGUUUUGGCGGCAAAACUUUAGUGGAUGUACCAUUUGCUACAAACAAAAGUAAUGGCAGGCCGCAAGUAAACGGUGGAAUAUGUGGUGAAGAAGCGAUGGCAUUGCUGAAAGAUUUCUAUAAAGGCGAAAAUCCAUCUGCGCCAAUCACUAAAACUAAAAGAUGACUUGAAUUGGUGCAAAUGUCGAUAUGUGUAUAAGGAAGGCUCAUUAUCUGGAAAAAAACAGGCGUAGUCAGGCAAGGCGUAUGACAAAGAAAUAUUUAGUAAAAUGCAACACGCUUUGAAGAAAGGAUGCAAAGGGGGCAUAGAAGGGUGUAUCUCCAUCUUAAAACUGAUAACCACAUCCUCCGAAAGCUUAUAGUUUUUAAGUAAUUUAUUGUUAAAGUUGUGUGAUUUAGCGAAAAGUUGGUGUCGCCAGACGCCUCACUUAACGAAGUUCGUAUGCAGAGACGUUCACGGGAAGGAUCCUUUUUUGCUUUAGUUUCGAAUUGAGAAACAUUUUUGACAUUUUUUACAAAAGGUUGAAUUUAAGGGAGUGGAAAAAAAUGUAAUUCUU